ACAAAGCCUCGGGAGCGAGAGUUGCGUUCAGCCACUUCCUCCGCGUGUGGACAACAAACUACAUGACGGGAUCCCCCAGCUUUUUAUGGACAUUUUUCUAACGGCGGGGAAGUGGCCGACGGACCAGAGGAGCGAUGUGGAUUGAUUUAUAACUUCAAAGAAAACCCGGUGAUUAACGGAGAGGAGGAGGAAGGAUAUCGGUCGUAACGGCGGAGUAACACGCGCAGCAUCGUCGUGAUCCGCCCUCUCAUAAUCGUCAUCAUAAUAUUAACAAGGUCAAUGUGACCUUGGUGUGGAUUGAGUCUCCCUGUUGGACGUGAACAAAGAAAGCUCGCAGACGCACUGGGGAGGAGAAGAAAAACAACAGGUGUCCAGCUCGUCCUUUCUGAUCGCCUGCUUGAGCGCUCCUUCCAUCGAUCGCGCGACACCUCCACCGGAUGGGAGUUUGCAUCGGAGCCAUGGGCGGGGUGGAGGUCCUGCUCCUGGUCUUCAUGUUCCGAUGGGAAACGUCACUGGCUCUCAACUGGAACCCGGUACCACGCAAGACCGUGCGAUAUCAGGAUUCGUUGGACAGCAUGGCCAAGUUUGGCAUCCAGGGCGUGUUCAACUACAGCAUGCUGACUCUGUCGGAGAACGAGAGGGUUUUGUACGUGGGUGCCCGCGAGGCGCUCUUUGCCUUGGACCCCAAUGACAUCAGCCGGCAGCUCAGACCUCAGAUUGACUGGCAAGCUCCGAUGGAUAAGAAGCGGGAGUGUGUCAUCAAGGGGAAGAGCAACCAGACCGAGUGCUUCAACUACAUCCGCUUCCUGCAGAGCUACAACCACACACACCUCUACACCUGUGGCACCUACGCCUUUCAGCCCAAAUGCACCUAUGUGAAUGCAGAUUAUUUCACUCUCAGCCCAAAUCUCCUGGAAGAUGGGAAGGGCAAAUGUCCAUAUGACCCUGCCAAGGGCCACACCGGCCUAAUAGUUGACAAGGAGCUCUACUCCGCCACACUCAACAACUUCCUGGGAACUGAGCCAGUCAUACAAAGGAACCUGGGCCAGCAGCACUAUAGCAUGAAGACCGAAUACUUGCCUGCCUGGCUCAAUGAGCCAGACUUUGUGGCUUCGGCCUUGGUUCGAGAAAGCGUCGGCAGCAAAGAAGGAGACGACGACAAAAUCUACUUCUUCUUCAGCGAGCGGGCGUUGGAGCUGGACUGUGACACCGAGGUCACUGUGGCCAGAGUGGCUCGCGUCUGCAAGGGUGACUUGGGUGGUACUCGGACACUGCAAAAAAAAUGGACCACCUUCCAAAAAGCCCGGCUGGACUGUUCCUUACCCGAGCGUCACGUCUCCUUCAACAACCUCCGAGCUGUCUUCACACUGCCGGGACAGGACUGGAGGGGAACCACUUUCUUUGGCAUCUUCCAUGCUCAAUGGGGUGACGUGGACGUGUCGGCGGUGUGUCAGUACCAGGUCAGCGACGUGAAGAAGGUGUUCGAAGGAUCCUACAAGGAAUACAGGGAGGCGUCCCAGAGGUGGGGGCGCUACUCCGGGUCUGUCCCUAGCCCUCGGCCUGGAUCGUGCAUCACAAACUCGGACAGGGAGAGCGGCUACAACAGCUCUCUGCAGCUACCUGACGCAACGCUCAACUUUGCCAAGAAGCACCCUCUGAUGGAGGAUAAAGCGCUGGCUCGCCCUCUGCUUCUCACCAAGGGGGUCAACUUCACCAGGCUGGUGGUGGACCGGGUUACUGGCCUGGACCAAAGAGCGUACAACGUCCUCUUCAUUGGCACAGCUGAGGGCUGGAUGCAGAGGGUGGUCAUCCUGGCCUCGGAAGCUCACGUGAUCGAAGAAAUCCAGCUGUUUAAAAGCGCCCAGCCUGUAGACAGCCUGACCAUUUCCCACUCCAAGAAGUACGUGUACAUCGGCUCUCGAUCCGAGGUUCUCCAGCUGCCCUUAGCCAACUGCAGCCGCUAUCAGUCCCAGCCAGACUGUCUGCUCGCCCGAGACCCCUACUGCGCUUGGGACAGCGAGGGCCGAGCCUGCGUUCGCAUCGACCUCCAUCGAGGGUCCACGUCCUCCCUGUCACAAGACCUCACGCUGGAAAGGUUCAGCCGGGGGAAAGCCAAGUUUGAUAAACCUGUCUCCAUCCCCAGCCCUGAGCACUCCCGACUGCGGAACGUGACGGUGGUGGUGGGCUCGGACAUGGUGCUGCCCUGCCAUCUGAUCUCCAACCUGGCUCAGCCCUUCUGGGUCGUCAACGACCGCGAGCUCCUGCUGGGCGACCCCGAGGCCGGGGGGCCACGCUUCGACCAGACCCUCAAGGCCCUCGUCGUCCCCGAAGCGGGUCAGAUCCAAGCCGGGCGCUACGUCUGCUAUUCCGAGGAGCAGGGUGUGAAGUUCCAGACCGAGCGCUACCAGGUGACGGUGGUGGCCAGUGCACCCGUCUUCAUGGAAGCCCGGGCUCCGGACAGCAGCAUGGGGCUCUUCUGGGUGCUGGUCAUCACCCUGGGCGCGGCGUGCCUGCUGCUCUUGGUGGCGGCGCUGUACCUGCGCCGGAGACUGAAACUGGCUCUGGGGAAAGGAGCUGACAUGAAGCCUCUUGAAAGUACUCUGGUCUACCCCAUCACCUUACCCAAGGAGCCACCCACGUUUGUCCCCAGCAAAAUGCCCACCGACGAAGACCGUUUCUGGGAGACGGGCGCCAAUUAUUACUACUCAGACGGCUCGCUUAAAAUCGUCCCCGGUCACGCCAUCGGGCCCGCCAGCGUGGGCGGCACGGCGUCACCCAGCGCCAUCCCGGGCCAGCCCAUCCACUCCCCCAGCCGUCUCAGUCUCACCAACAUCAGGGGCUCCGGCAGCAACGGCUACGUCCGCCUGAACCUGAGCACGGCGGGGGAGGAAAGGGCUAGCGGGGCUUGCGCUGGCGGCGGCGGCGGCGGCGGACUGGGCGGGCUCGGCGUGGGCGGGAACGACUACUCGGGCCCCUUCAAGGAGGAGCUGCGGCGCACCCUGCAGCAGAGGAGCGUGCUGCCCGACGCAAAUCCCGAGGAGUCGUCCGUCUAAGCCCUAGAAUCUAAGGCUUCUCCUUCGGUUUUUUUCCCGCGAGGUGGAAGGAAAGAAAACAAAACAAAAAAACAACCGAGCUACCUCCCUCUUCUCGAGGAUGCCUGCCCUCUUUUCCAGUGACACGUGGUAGCGUUCGGCUCUCGCCCCGCCAAUGCCUGUUUGGCUCACUGUAGACUUGGACGGCAUGUUAAAUAUAGACGCUCGCCCCCCCUUCUGCACCGCAAAAAAGUCUCGGACUUUCUCCGCUUGCACUGUGCAACGGCCGUUUUGUCUCAACUGUGAUCCGAACAGGAGUGCGGAGAAACCCCGUCGGCGAGGUGAUCAAGCAAAUGGCAUCACUUUGUUGUCCGGACGCCACUUGACGGAUGGGGUGGCCUCGGGGACUUUUGUCAGCUUUUUUACUGCACUUAGAACUGGAAGCGCCUCUUCCCUUUUUUUAUUUUUUAUUGGUGAGCCAAGAGAUGACUGAGUCAUGCUGAAGGAAGGCAACAAUCAUAUUUGUGUGAGAAGACUAGGGUUGCAAAGGGGUGGGGGAAGUUUCCGGUAAAUGUGAGGAAUGCACAGUGCAGGGUCGAAAUUCCACUGAGUUUGCAUUAACUCCGGUUGUUUUAGCUAAUGAUCAUGCAGCAAGAAAGGCAACAAUCAUAUUUGUGUAAGAAGACUAGGGUUGCAAAGGGGUGGGGGAAGUUUCCGGUAGAUGUGAGGAAUGCACCGUGCAGGGUCGAAAUUCCACCGAGUUUGCAUUAAAUCAGGUUGUUUUAGCUAAUGAUCAUGCAGCAAGAAAGGCAACAAUCAUAUUUGUGUGAGAAGACUAGGGUUGCAAAGGGGUGGGGGAAGUUUCCGGUAAAUGUGAGGAAUGCACAGUGCAGGGUCGAAAUUCCACUGAGUUGGCAUUAAAUCCGGUUGUUUUAGCUAAUGAUCAUGCAGCAAGAUCGAGCAUGUGGCAUUCAAUGUUUAUUCCCAUUAAUUCCUGUUAAUUCCCAUGGAAAGUUACCGGAAAUUUACCACGGGAAGUUAAACUCGGGAAUUAGGACCAUUUUUUGAUUAUUCAAAGUUGGACAACGUCCAUUUUAUUCUUAUGAGAAGCUUGUAAAACACUAAAGCAAUGCCACACACCGAUAUAAAUAGUCAGCUAAACAAUUGGAGUAGUCUUUAAAUGAUGGACAAAUGAAUAAAAAUAGGCUCGAAUGAAUGAAUGAACAAUCAGCAUGCUAACUCAAACUAUAACCUACAUUCUCGUAUGAAAACGGAAUGUUUAUCAGAACAUAUGACAGAUGAAACUACACGUUUUGAUUUAAUAUUUCCUCGUGGAACUUUACAGAUCUUAUCUGUGCACGUGAUGGAAGAAUGCACUGCACAUGUGAUUGAGGAAUGCACAGUUCAGGGUCGAAAUUCCACUGAGUUUGCAUUAAAUCAGGGGUUUUUUUUGAGCUAAUAAUCACACUGCAAGAUCUAGCAUUCAAUGUUUAUACCGUAUUUCCUUGAAUUUCCGCCGGGUAUAUAGUAUGUAUGCGCCUGCCUAGAAUUACUGCCGGGUCAAACUCGUUUCGCCAAAUAAUAAGCGCAUGCUUAGUAUUACCGCCGGCUCAGGAUUAACGCCGGGUCAAACUCGUUAUGCAAAAUAUUAUUUUUAUUAGCGCAUGUCUAGAAUUUCCGCCGGGUCAAACUCGUUUCGCCAAAUAAUUAGCAUAUGCCAAGAAUUUCCACCGGGUCAAACUCGUCACGUCACGAGUGACACUUCACCUGUCAUCAUUUUCAAAAUGGAGGAGGCUAAUUUUAAUAAUUUGAAAUAGCAUAAAGGGAAGAAGAUUAAGAGCUAUUCAGUAGGAUUUAAGGUCCAAGCUAUUGAAUAUGCUAAAAAAAAACAGUAAGCAGCUAUGAUUUAUUAAUAUACCGUAGCUGCGUGUGUCAAAUAUGAGUCACUAAAUGACUCCCGCCUCCUGGUGGUAGAGGGCGCUAGUGAUCCUUCUUGCGACUACUCGGCUGCAGAAGAACUGAUAACAAGCAGGAAGAGUGAGCAGCGAUCGUUUAUUUUUCUUUUCGCUUCACUUUCAACAUGGAGGAUUACAUAUCUAAAAUAAAACAGUUUUCUAAACUGGACUUUCAAUCGAAGCAGGCGGUAAUAAAGGAAGAUCUCCAUCGAGACAGAGAGACUUUUAAAACUGAAGAAAGAUAAGGAAGACUUCUAUAAACAAGUUAUCGAUGCGUUUGAUCAGAAGGAGCUGCGCAUGGACUUCAUUUAUAAGUAAAGGUAAGACCAUAAUAACGUUUUUUUUUUUAAUUAAAUGUGCUUUUCAUGAUGGCAUCCUUACAUCACACUCAAAUUCUUAAGCGCAGGCCUUAAUUUACCGCAUGCCUUUGAGACGAGGUUUUAAAUUAAUUAGCGCCCCGGCGGCAAUUCAAGGAAAUACGCUACUUAUUAAUUCUCGUUAAUUCCCACGAAAAGUUGCCAACUUUGAAUAUUCCCGAAAUUUUGCAACCCUAGAGAAGACGCAAGAAAGUGGGAAAAAAAAAAAGAAUGACCGAAACGGGACUUUUGGAAUGAAAGACGCAUGAUGUCUAUCUGUGUUGGCCCUGCCAUGAGGUGGCGACUUGUCCAGGGUGUACCCCGCCUUCCGCCCGAUUGUAGCUGAGAUAGGCGCCAGCGCCCCCCGCCACCCCGAAAGGGAAUAAGCGGUAGAAAAUGGAUGGAUGGAAGACGCAUUGUGUUUCCGAUGUGUUAUACCCCCCCCCAACCCCCCCUUGCCCCUAAGAUUCCCAGUUUGUUGUGACGGUAGGUUUGAAAUAAGUUGUUUUUUUUGUAUAUUUCUUGAGAACCACUGCAGUGUUUUAAGUGGUUGUCAGGCGACUACAUUUUGGUGAGCAAGUUCUUACAUUCCUGGCUGUGUGCGGUGACCUUCAAAAGCACCUUCAAUGUCCUAAAAGUGCACCCCAUGCCACUUUUUUUUUUGCAAAUGUGGUUGAACUUUUUUUUAUGGAACGGACAAAAAAAAAAGGCAAUAAGACAAAAAAAACAAAAAAAACAACUGGUGGUGGCACCAAGACAACGCGCAUGGAGAAUGUAGUUUUUGCGACUGCUGUGGAUGUUUCUAGAAGUGCUUUUUACACGUCUCACCUUUUCAGGACGCCGGCAACUUGCACUGCAAAAGACGCUCGCUCGAAAACUUAAAAAAAAGAAGAAAAAAAAAACGCUUUGAAUGUCGGAACGAUCCUUCCCCCGGACUGGUUUUUUGUGCCAGGACUCGCUCUCGGACUUUGUGAAGCGGACAGACUGAUCACACUGAAGAUCCACUCGGUCCAAGGUAAUUGUUCCAGGUUUUGUUAGAGCAGGGGUGUCAAACUCGUUUUAACUCAGGGCCCAGGUGGAGGAAAUCACGGCAUGAUAAGUUAAAAAUAAAGACACCUUUAGAUUGUUUUCUUUCUUUAAAAAAAAAUAGGACAAGCCCAAUCCGAAAACUUGCAAAUCAAGUUUUUGUUUAUUUUUACACUUAGACUACGUCUAUCCGCAUUUGUCGUGAUUUAUCAUUUGUGAAUAAAUGAUGUGAUGAUGUUCAACAGUCAAAUAGGUGAGUUUGGCAGAGUUUUAAAAUGCUCUAAUUUGCAAAUAAUUUUAAUUUAUCAGUAUUUGUUCUUUUUUAUUGAGGAUCCACAUUAGCCGACAGAUAAACGCCAGGCUAGUCAUCCCGGGGUCCUUUUCUAAAAGUUUGAAUAUAAAAUAAUAAUAAUAAUAAUACACAGAUCCGGUUAUAAUUAAGAGAAAGGAAAAAUAAAAUAAAAAUCUCUAAAUAAUAAUAAUAAUAGAAAAAUUACAGUACACAGAUCCAAUUCCAAUAAAAAAAAAGAAAAAAAUUAUAAGAAAUAAAAAUAACAGUACACAGAUCCAGUUAUGAAUAAAAGUAAGGAAAAAAGAAAAGACAAUUCUCCAAAUAAUAAUAAAUAAAUAAAAACAGUACACAGAUACAAAAUAAUUUAAAAAAAUAACAGUAUACAGAUACAGUUACAAUAAAAGAAAGGAAAAAAAGGAUUAAAAAAUGAAAAUAACAGUACACAGAUCCAGUUAUAAAUAAAACAAAAGAAAAAUAGAAAAAAUCUCAAAAUAAUAACAAAAGUAUAACACUACACAGAUACAGUUACAGAAAAUACGCAGAUACAGUUACAAUAAAAUAAAGGAAAAAAAGAAUAAAAAAAUAACAGUACACAGAUCCAGUUUUAAAUAAAAGAAAGGGAAAAAAAGAAAAUUGUCAAAAUAAUAAUAAAAUAAUAACAGUACACAGAUCCAGUUUUAAAUAAAAGAAAGGGGAAAAAAGAAAAUUGUCAAAAUAAUAAUAAAAUAAUAACAGUACACAGAUACAGUUACAAUAAAAGAAAGGAAUAAAAAAUGAAAAUAACAGUACACAGAUCCAGUUAUAAAUAAAAGUAAGGAAAAAAGAAAAGAAAAUUCUCAAAAUGAUAAUAAAACAAAAAUAACUACACAGAUCCAGUUUUAAAUAAAAGAAAACUCAAAAAUAACAGUACACAGAUCCAGUUCUAAAUAAAACAAAAGAAAAAGAGAAAAAAAUCUCAAAAUAAUAACAAAAGUAUAACACUACACAGAUACAGUUACAGAAAAUACGCGGAUACAGUUACAAUGAAAUAAAGGAAAAAAAGAAUAAAAAAAUAACAGUACGCAGAUCCAGUUUUUAAAAAAAGAAAGGCAAAAAAAAGAAAAUUUUCAAAAUAAUAAUAAAAUAAUAACAGUACACAGAUACAGUUACAAUAAAAGAAAGGAAAAAAGGAAUAAAAAAUGAAAAUAACAGUACACAGAUCCAGUUAUAAAUAAAAGUAAGGAAAAAAGAAAAGAAAAUUCCCAAAAUAAUAAUUUUAAAAAAAUAACUACACAGAUCCAGUUUUAAAUAAAACAAAAGAAAAAGAGAAAAAAAUCUCAAAAUAAUAAACGUAUAACACUACACAGAUACAGUUACAGAAAAUACGCGGAUACAGUUACAAUAAAAUAAAGGAAAAAAGAAUAAAAAAAUAACAGUACGCAGAUCCAGUUUUAAAUAAAAGAAAGGAAAAAAUUUCUCAAAAUAAUAAUAAAAAAAUAACAGUACACAAAUACAGUUACAGAAAAUAUGCAGAUACAGUUACUAUAAAAGAAAGAAAAGAAAAUUCUCAAAAUAAUAAAUACAAAUAGCAGUACACAGAUCCAGUUACAAUACAAGAAAACAAUAAAAUUCUCAAAAUAAUAAAAAAAAAUAACAGUACACAGAUACAGUUACAAAACUUAUGCAAAUCUGGUUACGAUAAAAUAAAGAAAAAUAGAAAAGAAAAUUAUCUAAAUAAUAAACAAAAAUAGCAGUACACAGAUCCAGUUACAAUACAAGGAAAAAAAAUAAAUUCUCUAAAUAAUAAAAAUAAAUAACAGUACACAGAAAGUUACAAUAAAAGAAAGGAAAAAAGAAUAAAAAAAUGAAAAGAACAGUACACAGAUCCUGUUAUAAAUAAAAGUAAGGGGGAAAAAAAUUCUCAAAAUAAUAAUAAAACAAAAAUAACUACACAGAUCCAGUUUUAAAUAAAAGAAAAGAAAAUUCUCAAAAUAAUAAUAAAUAAAUAACAGUACACAGAUCCAGUUAUAAAUAAAACAAAAGAAAAAGAGAAAAAAUCUCAAAAUAAUAAUAAAAAUAUAACACUACACAGAUACAGUUACAGAAAAUACGCAGAUACACUUACAAUAAAAUAAAGGAAAAAAGAAUAAAAAAAUAACAGUACGCAGAUCCAGUUUUAAAUAAAAGAAAGGAAAAAAAUUUCUCAAAAUAAUAAUGAAAAAAUAACAGUACACAAAUACAGUUACAGAAAAUAUGCAGAUACAGUUACUAUAAAAGAAAGAAAAGAAAAUUCUCAAAAUAAUAAAUACAAAUAUCAGUACACAGAUCCAGUUACAAUACAAGAAAACAAUAAAAUUCUCAAAAUAAUAAAUAAAAAAAUAACAGUACACAGAUACAGUUACAAAACAUAUGCAAAUCUGGUCACGAUAAAAUUAAGAAAAAUAGAAAAGAAAAUUAUCUAAAUAAUAAAUAAAAAUAGCAGUACACAGAUCCAGUUACAAUACAAGGAAAAAAAAUAAAUUCUCUAAAUAAUAAAAAUAAAUAACAGUACACAGAAAGUUACAAUAAAAGAAAGGAAAAAAGAAUAAAAAAAAUGAAAAGAACAGUACACAGAUCCUGUUAUAAAUAAAAGUAAGGGGGAAAAAAUUCUCAAAAUAAUAAUAAAACAAAAAUAACUACACAGAUCCAGUUUUAAAUAAAAGAAAAGAAAAUUCUCAAAAUAAUAAUUAAAAAAAAUACCAGUACACAGAUCCAGUUAUAAAUAAAACAAAAGAAAAAGAGAAAAAAAUCUCAAAAUAAUAAUAAAAAUAUAACACUACACAGAUACAGUGACAGAAAAUACGCAGAUACAGUUACAAUAAAAUAAAGGGAAAAAUAAUAACAGUACACAGAUCCAGUUUUAAAUAAAAGAAAGGGAAAAAAGAAAAUUUUCAAAAUAAUAAUAAAAUAAUAACAGUACACAGAUACAGUUACAAUAAAAGAAAGGAAAAAAGAAUAAAAAAUGAAAAUAACAGUACACGGAUCCAGUUAUAAAUAAAAGUAAGGAAAAAAGAAAAGAAAAUUCUCAAAAUGAUAAUAAAACAAAAAUAACGACACAGAUCCAGUUUUAAAUAAAAGAAAAGAAAAUUCUCAAAAUAAUAAUAAAUAAAUAACAGUACACAGAUCCAGUUAUAAAUAAAACAAAAGAAAAAGAGAAAAAAUCUCAAAAUAAUAAUAAAAAUAUAACACUACACAGAUACAGUUACAGAAAAUACGCAGAUACAGUUACAGUAAAAUAAAGGAAAAAAGAAUAAAAAAAUAACAGUACGCAGAUCCAGUUUUAAAUAAAAGAAAGGAAAAAAAAUUCUCAAAAUAAUAAAAAAAUAACAGUACACAAAUACAGUUACAGAAAAUAUGCAGAUACAGUUACUAUAAAAGAAAAGAAAAUUCUCAAAAUAAUAAAUACAAAUAUCAGUACACAGAUCCUGUUACAAUACAAGAAAACAAUAAAAUUCUCAAAAUAAUAAAAAGAAAUAACAGUACACAGAUAAAGUUACAAUAAAAUAAAGAAAAAUAGAAAAGAAAAUGAUCUAAAUAAUAAAUAAAAAUAGCAGUACACAGAUCCAGUUACAAUACAAGAAAGGGAAAAAAUAAAAUUCUCAAAAUAAUAAAAAAUAACAAUACACAGAUACAGUUACAGUUAGGCUGCUGCCCCCGCGACCAGACCUCGGAUAAACGAAAGAAGAUGGAUGGAAAAAAUUUCAGAUCAUUUUCAUACUUAGCAAAAUCACCUCUCAGGCCGGAUAGAACCUGGUGGCGGGUCUGAUCCGGUCCUCGGGCCGUAGGUUUGACACCCCUGUGUUAGAUGGACCGCUCACUUUACUCAGUGUCUUCUCUCUCUUCAAAACAGGCUGCUUUUACUUUCGGGAUGUGCCAGAAAAGACGCCGAAGAGCGAGGCAAGAAGAAUAUCAAAGAAAAGAAAAAUAGUCGUUUAUUACAAACUGCAGACCGAAGGCUAAGAAAAUGUUUCUCGUCCAAAGCCCCGCCCACUAUUGUUGCAUGACCGACAGGAAAUGGACAGAAUAUUUUUUCAUCACCUUAUUGUACAAAUGCAUCUUUUUUGACUUGAGCAUUUUUGGAUUUUUUUACAUAUGAAAAAUAUUGUGAAAUGCUCUCUUUGGAAGAAAAAAACAAGAAAAAGUUUUAUUUUAUGGUUGAAAGAUUGUACAGGAUUGACUUUUUCCCUGUCACGUCAUUUUCGGAUAAGCCAAAAUAGACUGCAGAUGUUUUUGUUUUAAAUUAUUUUUUAAGUGAUGAGCUGUCCGUCCGUUUUUGUUUUUUUGUGACUUUGAGCAGGCAUCAGUAAGUCUACAGCCAAAAAAAAACAAAAAAAAGGCUAAGUCAGGGGUGUUCAAAGUGCGGCCUGCAGUUAAUUGCUUACACAUUCUGGAAAUGUGUUUCAAAAAUUUAAAGAAAACAUUUAAAAAAGUGGAAUAAUGUGAACUCUAAAUAGAAAAAAUUGACUGUUUUUUUCUUUUGUCUAUCUUAAAUUUUUUUAUUUUUUUUUGCCGUUGCGCCAAAAAAAAAAAAAAAAAAAUCUAUAACACUAAUAAUGAAUUAUUGACCUAUUCAAGGCUCCAAUUACUUCAAAUAUUUCACUUUAAAAUGUUUAAUGUGGAAAAUAUUGCAUAUAUUGUGUGGUUGCCAUACAAAACAUUGUUUUCUUUGACAAAAGAGCACAAAAAAAAAAAAAAAAGGCUAAGUCAGUUGAAUAGGUCGAUAAUUCAAACUGACAUUGAUUUUGAUUCAUUAUUAUUUUUUGAGCAACGACACUUAGAAACAAAUUACACAAAAAUAAUUGGGGAUCCAAAAGUGUCCUACUUAUUAAAGUGUUAAAAAAUAGAUUAUACAUUUUUUUUUUACUGUUUAAUUUUAGCAUAAUAAUCUCAAGAUCAACUUCAGAUACAUCCCUCCAUUAUUAGUUUCAUUGUUGUUUAUGUUUUUUGUUUGUUUUAGGCCCUUCUUUUAAAAAAAAAAACGCUCAGUUUUUUAUAUGGCAAAACACAAAAUAUGCAACAUUUUCCCCAAAAAGUGGAAUAUUUAAUGUGACGUAAUCGAAGCCUUGAAUAUGUCGAUAAUUCAAAAUGACAUUGAUUUUGAUUCAUUAUUAUUUUUUGAGCAACGACACUUAGAAACAAAUCACACAAAAAUAAUUGGGGAUUCAGAAGUAUCCUUAAGUGUUAAAAAAUAGAUUAUACAUUUUUUUUUUACUGUUUAAUUUUAGCACAAUAAUCUCAAGAUCAACUUCAGAUAUAUCCGUCAAUUAUUAGUUUCAUUGUUGUUUAUGUUUUUUGUUUGUUUUAAGCCCUUCUUUUAAAAAAAAAAACGCUCAGUUUUUUCAUAUGGCAAAACACAAAAUAUGCAACAUUUUCCCCAAAAAGUGGAAUAUUUAACGUGACGUAAUCGAAGCCUUGAAUAGGUCGAUAAUUCAAAAUGACAUUGAUUUUGAUUCAUUAUUAUUUUUUGAGCAACGACACUUGGAAACAAAUCACACAAAAAUAAUUGGGGGUCCGAAAGUGUCCUACUUAUUAAAGUGUUAAAAAAUAGAUUAUAAAAUUUCUUUUACUGUUUAAUUUUAGCAUAAUAAUCUCAAGAUCAACUUCAGAUAUAUCCCUCAAUUAUUAGUUUCAUUGUUGUUGUUUUUUGUUUGUUUUAAGCCCUUCUUUAAAAAAAAAACAGCUCAGUUUUUUAUAUGCCAAAACACAAAAUAUGCAACAUUUUCCCCAAAAAGUGGAAUAUUUAACGUGACGUAAUCGAAGCCUUGAAUAGGUCGAUAAUUCAAAAUGACGUUGAUUUUGAUUCAUUAUUAUUUUUUGAGCAACGACACUUAGAAACAAAUCACACUAAAAUAAUUGGGGAUUCAAAAUUGUCCUUAAGUGUUAAAAAAUAGAUUAUACCUUUUUUUUUUUACUGUUUAAUUUUAGCAUAAUAAUCUCAAGAUCAACUUCAGAUAUAUCCCUCAAUUAUUAGUUUCAUUGUUGUUUAUGUUUUUUGUUUGUUUUAAGCCUUUCUUUAAAAAAAAAACAGUUCAGUUUUUUAUAUGGCAAAACACAAAAUAUGCAACAUUUUCCCCAAAAAGUGGAAUAUUUAAUGUGACAUAAUCGGAGCCUUGAAUAGGUCGAUAAUUCAAAAUGACAUUGAUUUUGAUUCAUUAUUAUUUUUUGAGCAACGACACUUAGAAACAAAUCACACAAAAAUAAUUGGGGAUCCAAAAGUGUCCUUAAGUGUUAAAAAAUAGAUUAUACUUUUUUUUUUUUAGCAUAAUAAUCUCAAGAUCAACUUCAGAUACAUCCCUCAAUUAUUAGUUUCAUUGUUGUUUAUGUUUUUUGUUUGUUUUAAGCCCUUCUUAAAAAAAAAAGGUGGGCCUUCUACGCACGUAACGCUGAUUUCGAGGCUGAUCGUGGCAACACCCCGCUUCGCUGCAGGCCUGCAGGCCACGCUCCCUACACAGCUUCCGAAUAACACUGUUAUUACAAACAAGAGACGUAUUAUACGCUAGAAAUGUUUGUCUUACUUAAAAAUGCACGCGUUUAGUUGUGUUCAGUGUUAAAAAAAAAUAUUCUAUGGCUCUUACGGAAAUACAUUUUGAAAUAUUUCAGCCAAAAAGGUUCCCGGCCCCUGUAUUAGAGUAAACAUUGCAACCAUUUCUUGUUACAUUUCACCUGUUUGCUCUUUUAUACCACUUUUUACGUUUUGAAUUUUUUUCAAUUGUGUUCUUAAAAAUGUGCCAUGGGGCCGUUAAAAAAAAGGGCCCCCGGGCGGCACUUUGGACACCCCUGACUUAGACCCUAAAGGUAAAAAAAAAAAAUCCAUAUAUUCUAUUAUGGUUUGAAAAUGAAAAAUAUAACAAUGGCUCCUGCAUGAAUUAAUAUUUCUGUGUGUGGCCCUCAGUGGAAAAAGUUUGGACACCCCCUGGCCUAAGUAGUGGACUUCCUGUGUCCUGUUGGCCCUGCGAUGAGGUGGCGAUUUGUCCAGGGUGUACCCCGCCUUCCGCCCGAUUGUAGCUGAGAUAGGCGCCAGCGCCCCCCGCGACCCCGAAAGGGAAUAAGCGGUAGAAAAUGGAUGGAUGUUUACAAGAUCUUAACCUUAACUCCCAUUUAUUCCCUCUUUAAAUGCCGUUAAACCAAAAACAAGUCAUUUCUUCUCCCCUCCAAAGCAAAUAGGAACAUAUCAGUGGGAAAAAUGUGCACUUCAUUGUAUCGAUAACCUGGACGGUGAAGUUAAAACACCUUAUCUUUAUACACUGGUACUCGGUUAGGUCUUUUUAACAACUUUAAUGCUUAUUAAAGGACGCAAGUGUAAUAUAACUCAUUUUACACAUUUGUUUUGUCAAAACUUCCAUCAUUCAAGGCUUUAAAUUGUUCUUUUUGUUUUCCGCUCGCCUUUUAUUUGUAUUUUUGUUCACCGGGGUUUUAAUACGACCCGUUUUGACGUGGAUUUUGUCGGUCUUUAAUGUUCCUAAAGUAAUGUUGAGUAACUUAUUUCUUGUACAAACAUGUUGAUAUUUAUUAUCACUGUACAUAGGUCCCUUAUUUUUUAUAUGUGUGUAUAUGCAUAUAUACACAAAUAAAAAAAAGAACUACACAA